AUGAAAGCCAAGAUCAUGCAGAAGUGUCCUCCUACUCAGGGAGAGGAAGGGUUCCUGGCUAAGUGUUUCAAAUUCUUUGAUAUUCACAACAAGGGAGAGGUCAAUAUUGAUUAGUUCUACAGAACAGUGGAGAAGAUCGGAGUCAUCAUUGAGAAAUCAGAUUUCGAGAAAGUAUUCCAGUACUAUGAUUAAAAUGGCAAUGGCCAAAUUGAUUACAAGGAGUUCUCCGCUAUGUUCUGCGGUGAUGGCGCCUAGAAAUCAUAAGCUGUUUAAUCUCAGAGAAGCUAUACAUCUCAUGCUAGUAGACAAGGACCAACCAGAGGGCCAAAGAUUGAUGCAAUGGAACUAGUGAAGUUGUUUAGAGAUAAGAUAAAGUCAAGAGGUGCCAGAGGUAUCAUUGGAUUAUAAAAGCUUUUCCAUAUUAUGGAUGACGAUGGAAGCAAGAGUAUUUCAAUGCCAGAGUUUCAAAAAGCUUGCAGAGAUUUUAAAGUAGGCAUCAACGACGAUAAUGUUCCACUUCUCUUCGAACAAUUCGAUACCAAUAGAGACGGUACUCUUAAUAUUGAUGAGUUCCUUAUGGCUAUCAGAGGUGAGCUCAACGACUAAAGAAAAGCACUAGUCGAGAAGGCCUUUAGAAAAAUUGACAGAGACAGUAGUGGCUUUAUUGAUAUUGAAGAUAUCAAGGACAUUUAUAAUGCUUCAAAGCAUCCAGAUGUCCAGCAAGGUAAAAAAACCGAAGCUUAAAUUCUCAUGGAAUUCCUUGAGACUUUUGAGAUGCAUCACAACAUCAAGCAUCAAUAAGAUAGAGACUCAAGGAUCACUAUUGAUGAAUUCCUAGAGUACUAUACUAACAUCUCUGUCAGCAUCGAUAAUGAUGACUAUUUCGCUUUAAUGAUGAAUAAUUCAUGGAACUUGAAGGGAGACGCACAAACUUAUUAAAAGUACGACAAAGGCUGGGCAAACGAAGAUACUCAGCCAGCUAAGAAAGAAUUCAGACAACCACCUGUACCAGUAUAAAGAAGUGGUCAGUCCAGUAGAGAUAAUCCAUUAGUGAACACUCAUGAUUUCUAUAAGCCAAUCACAAAUGCAUCAAGAAGUAAUGUCUCUAAAAUGAUGUACUCAGCUCCACCUAUGGAUUAAGAUAAAGCUGUUGAGCAAAAUAAAUAAUUCCAAUAAGUAGCGAAGUAGAAUAUGCCACCAAGAAACCCAUAUCAGGGUGGAUAUAACCCACAACCAACUCAAGGACCUAAGGCAGAUAUGCAAUCUCAAGUUGUUAUUUAAAAUACUCAACCCACUCCAAAAUUCCAGAGUAUGAUAGUUGAGAGAUUCAGAAAUAAGCUAAAGCAAAGAGGUGGCAGAGGUAUGAUUGGUCUUAGAAGAUAAUUCAAAAUCAUGGAUGAUAAUGGUUCAGGCACUUUAGAUUUUGGAGAAUUCAGAAAGGGUAUCAAGGAUUUCCAAGUCGAUGUUGGUGAUUAAGAUAUAGAGAGCUUGUUCAAGGCUUUCGAUCUCAACGGCAACGGAGAUAUUGAUUUUGAUGAAUUUAUCAGAGUAGUUGUUGGUCCAAUGAACCAAUUCAGAACUCAACUUGCAAUUAAAGCUUUCAAGAAGAUUGAUUAUAAUGGUGAUGGAGUCCUUACUGUUGCUGAUAUCAAGGGUAAGUAUGAUGCCAGCAAACAUCCAGAUGUCAAGAGUGGCAAAAAGACGGAAGAUGAAGUGCUCAAGGAAUUCCUAGAGACUUUUGAAAUGCAUCAUAAUGUGAUGAAUGGUUCCAAGAGUGAUGGAACUGUCACACUUGAUGAGUUUAUCGAAUACUAUACAAAUAUCUCAGCAAAUAUCGAUAACGAUGCCUACUUUGACUUAAUGAUGACUAAUGCCUGGAAUAUCGAUGGGAAGAAUAAUACUGAUAACAUGGCUUAUGCUGGAAGUUCCAGAAAGGUUACUUAAGUUUCUGCUAGAGACGCAUGGAGACAAGACCAUCACAGAAAUCUCUUUGGCACUGAUAAAGAAACUCCAUUCUCCAAAAAGAAGGAUCAACAAUGGCAAUCUUCAGCCAAGGGCACUUAUAAUGAUUAGGCUCUCUAGCAAAACCCUAACAUGCCUAUUGCUGGUUCUUCAACCUUCAGCAAUGCUAAUGACUAUAAAAUGCAGUUCAUGACAACAUCAUAGAGACACACUGGAGUAACAUACUAAGGCAUUCAACACACUGAUGAUGAUCUUGUAACACUUUUUAGAGAGAAACUUGCAUCUAGAGGUGCAAGAGGUAUCCUAGGCAUGCAAAGAAUCUUCAAGAUUAUGGACGAUAACAGAAACGGAAGUCUUGAGAUCUAAGAAUUCUGGAAGGCUAUUUGCGAUUUCAGAAUUCAAAUCUCUCCAGAGGAGGCUAGACAACUUUUCGAUUUGUUCGAUAUUAAUGGUGAUGGAAACGUCAGUUAUGAUGAACUGAUGAGAAGUGUGGUGGGUGAAAUGAACUCCUUCAGAAAGCAACUAGUCAGAAAGGCCUUCACAAAGCUAGACAAGAACGGCAAUGGCUUAAUUGAACUUGAUGACAUCAAGGGAGUAUACAAUGCUAAGUUCCACCCAGAGGUAAAGGCUGGUAAAAAGACAGAGGACGAGGUACUCUACGAGUUCUUGGACACCUUUGAACUUCACCACUCAUUGAAAAACCCAGGUGACAAGGAUAGAUAAAUCAACAUAAAGGAAUUCAAUGAGUACUACAAUAACGUGAGUGCAUCAAUAGAUAAUGAUUAGUACUUUGAACUCAUGAUGACCAAUGCCUGGAACCUCAACAAUGUGAGCUACUAGAAAGGUUGGGGAGGCGAAGUCUGA